AUGGCUCGCUUCGGAAGCGACGUGUCAGCUCGCUAUGGAGGAAGCCCAGCGGGCGGGGGCAGAGGUGCAAACCGACAGGGUGGUCCCCAAGCCGGCCAGAGAGGCAUGUACGGCUCGAAGUCGAUGGCCCAAAGAGCCCGGACCAUGGCUCUGUACAACCCCAUCCCCGUCCGCCAGAACUGCUUCACAGUCAACAGAUCACUUUUUAUAUUUAGUGAAGACAACAUCAUACGAAAAUAUGCCAAACGAAUAACCGAGUGGCCUCCCUUUGAAUACAUGAUACUGGCGACCAUCAUUGCAAACUGCAUCGUUCUGGCAUUGGAGCAGCAUCUUCCAGAUGGCGAUCAGACACCCAUGUCGGAGAGAUUGUAAGGUUUAGAUGACACUGAGCCUUAUUUCAUUGGAAUAUUUUGCUUUGAAGCUGGCAUCAAAAUCAUUGCUCUGGGAUUCGCGUUUCACAAAGGUUCCUACCUUCGAAAUGGCUGGAAUGUGAUGGAUUUUGUGGUGGUUCUCACAGGGAUUUUGGCCACUGUUGGGACGGAUUUUGAUCUGCGAACCUUGAGGGCUGUCCGAGUACUGAGACCGCUGAAACUAGUAUCUGGAAUUCCAAGUUUGCAAGUUGUAUUAAAGUCGAUAAUGAAGGCAAUGGUCCCCCUUCUUCAGAUUGGGCUUCUCCUGUUCUUUGCGAUCGUAAUGUUUGCCAUCAUUGGUCUGGAGUUCUACAUGGGAAAAUUUCACCAAACCUGCUUCAGUAAAGAAACAAAUCAGCCAGUGGAAGAUUUUCCAUGUGGAACAAAGCCUCCUUCACGAUUGUGUCCGAAUGGAACAGUUUGUAAAGGAUACUGGAAUGGACCCAACUAUGGGAUUACAAAUUUUGACAAUAUCCUAUUUGCUGUUCUCACUGUCUUCCAGUGUAUCACAAUGGAAGGGUGGACUGACAUCCUUUACAAUGCUAAUGAUGCCUCGGGGAACACCUGGAACUGGCUGUAUUUCAUUCCUCUGAUCGUCAUUGGAUCUUUCUUCAUGCUCAAUCUUGUGUUGGGUGUGUUGUCAGGUGAGUUUGCAAAGGAAAGAGAAAGGGUGGAGAACAGACGUGCAUUCCUAAAACUGAGAAGGCAGCAGCAGGUAGAGCAAGAGUUCAACAGGUACCUGCGUUGGAUCCAUAUAGCUGAGGAGGUCAUGUUGGCAGAAGAGGACAAAAAUGCAGAAGACAAGUCUGCUUUGGAUGUUUUAAAGCGAGCAACAACCAAAAAGAGUAAGAAUGACCUGAUAAAUGCUGAGGAGGGAGAAGAUCACUUCACAGACAUUUCCUCAGUGGGAUUCACUCGGCCCAGCCUGAAAAGCGUUAAGAAUGAGAGAUCCUCGUAUUUUCGAAGGAAAGAGAAGCGGUUUCGAUUCUUCAUUAGGCGCAUGGUGAAAUCACAGAGCUUUUAUUGGAUUGUCCUCUGUGUGGUGGGACUUAACACUCUCUGUGUUGCAAUUGUCCAUUACGACCAGCCACUGUGGCUCACUGAGGCACUAUAUUUUGCUGAGUUUGUUUUCCUUGGCCUUUUUCUGACUGAAAUGUCCUUGAAGAUGUAUGGUUUGGGCCCACGAAACUACUUCCAUUCCUCAUUCAACUGUUUUGAUUUUGGGGUGAUAGUUGGUAGUAUUUUUGAAGUCAUCUGGGCGGCUGUCAAACCAGGUACCUCGUUUGGUAUAAGUGUUCUCAGAGCACUUAGAUUACUCAGAAUCUUCAAAGUAACCAAGUACUGGAACUCAUUGCGCAACCUGGUGGUGUCUCUGCUGAAUUCAAUGAAGUCCAUUAUCAGCUUGCUGUUCCUGCUCUUCCUGUUCAUUGUGGUCUUUGCCUUACUCGGAAUGCAGCUCUUCGGGGGACAGUUUAAUUUUGAAGAUGGAACCCCUCCAACAAACUUUGACACAUUUCCGGCUGCAAUUCUCACUGUGUUCCAGAUCCUGACAGGAGAAGAUUGGAAUGCGGUUAUGUAUUUUGGAAUUGAAUCACAAGGAGGAGUGAAAAAGGGAAUGUUUUCAUCUGUUUAUUUUAUUAUCUUGACACUAUUUGGUAACUACACCCUUCUCAAUGUCUUCUUGGCCAUUGCUGUUGACAACCUGGCAAAUGCACAAGAACUAACAAAGGAUGAAGAAGAGAUGGAAGAAGCCAAUAUCCAGAAAAAUACCAUCCAAAAGGCAAUGGAGGUCGCGGAUGUCAGCCCAAUAUCUGCAACAAAUCUCUCCAUAGCAGCCAAAGAUCAACAGAAGUCAUUCAAGUCCAUGUCUGUCUGGGAACAGAGGACUUCCCAGCUGAGGCGACAGCAUCUACUAACCAGUCAAGAGGCCCUCUUCAAUGAACUCGACGAUGAGCAGCGCAGAAUGUACGUCUCAUCUCAUCAGAUCCGCCCAGACAUGAAAACGCACUUGGACCGGCCUUUGGUGGUGGAACCCAGGAACAACACGAGGAAGAGCGCUGAGAAGGUCCGGCCCGGGGACGGCCAGGACAGCGAGCAAGAGAGGCUGGUCCACCCCGAGCUCUGUGAGCCACCGAAACGGCCCCACCGGCACCGAGACAAGUUGGGUGAUCAGGACAAGGGAGACGGGGCCCCGGAUACUGCGGAACCCGGAGCCAACACCAAGGAGGAGCAACGGCGCUCCCACAGGAGCCGCAGCAAAGAGACAGAGAAAGAGCGGGGAGACAGGGGCAAGGAGGGGAAGGGCGAGCGAAGCAGGAGUCGGGAGGGAGGGAGGAGGCACCACCACCACCCGCAGAGCUCGGUGGACGAGGCGCCGGAGAGGGAACACAAGAGGCACCGGUCCCACCGGCACGGGCCGGAGCAGCAGCACCGGGAGGGAAAUGGCACGGCCAACGGCGCCAAGGGCGAGAGGCGCAGCCGGGCCAAGGACACCUCGCGAUCGGGCGCCCGGGAGGCCGACGCGCCCGGCAGAAGCCAAGAGGGAGCCGAGAGGCGGCGCAAGCACCGGCAGAAAGCACUCUCGACCUGUGAGUCAGAGGAGAAGAGAGACGCCGGGGAGAAGGAGGGAGAGACUGUUCUCCGAGAACGUCGGAACCACAGGGUGAAGGAGAGCCAGCCACCUGUGGAUGCUGCUGUGCUGGGUACAACGUCACUCCCACCCAUGAGUGCUUUGAAGCACCUGCCCCAACAACCAGAGGACGCUGACAACCAGAAGAACAUCAAGCUCGUGACACUGCCCACCAGAGACGUUGAGCACACUGUCACCAUCAACAUCCCAGUUACCAUCACGGCUCCCCCCGGAGAGACUACACUGCUCCCGAUCAAUAAUGUUGGUGUUGAUUUGGAAAGUAUGACGAGACCGGAGGAAAAGAAAGCCACGGAUGCUAAUGACUUGAUCAAAAACGGACCGAGGCAGAUCCCACCCUUCAGCUCCAUGUUCAUCUUCAGCCCGACCAACCCUGUUCGCAGAGCAUGCCAUUACAUUGUCAACCUCCGAUAUUUUGAGAUGUGCAUCUUGCUGGUGAUAGCGAUGAGCAGCAUAGCUCUGGCAGCAGAGGAUCCCGUCCAGGCUGACUCACCCAGAAACAAUGUUCUGAAGUACUUGGACUAUGUGUUCACGGGGGUCUUUACCUUCGAAAUGGUGAUUAAGAUGAUUAAUUUAGGUCUGAUACUUCAUCCUGGCUCUUAUUUUCGAGAUCUUUGGAACAUUCUGGAUUUCAUCGUUGUCAGCGGAGCUCUGGUGGCCUUUGCCUUCACAGGUAACAAAGGAAAGGACCUCAACACCAUCAAGUCACUGCGUGUUCUCCGUGUCCUGCGGCCACUGAAGACCAUCAAACGUCUGCCCAAGUUAAAGGCUGUCUUUGACUGUGUGGUGAACUCCCUGAAGAAUGUUCUGAACAUACUCAUCGUUUACAUGCUCUUCAUGUUCAUCUUUGCUGUCAUUGCUGUGCAGCUCUUCAAGGGUAAAUUCUUCUACUGCACUGAUGAGUCAAAGGAUUUGGAAAAGGACUGCAGGGGUCAGUAUCUAGUGUAUGACAAUGAUGAAAUUGAGGCAGAGCCCAGGGAAUGGAAGAAAUAUGAUUUCCACUACGAUAAUGUGCUGUGGGCCUUACUGACGUUAUUCACAGUGUCGACUGGUGAAGGAUGGCCAACGGUUUUGAAGCACUCUGUGGAUGCCACAGAAGAAGACCAGGGACCCAGCCCCAGCUACCGAAUGGAAAUGUCCAUAUUUUAUGUUGUGUACUUUGUUGUGUUUCCAUUUUUCUUUGUGAAUAUUUUCGUUGCUCUGAUUAUCAUUACAUUCCAGGAACAGGGUGAUAAGGUGAUGUCUGAAUGCAGCCUGGAGAAAAAUGAGAGAGCCUGCAUUGAUUUCGCUAUAAGUGCCAAGCCACUUACUCGAUACAUGCCACAGAACAAGCAAACUUUUCAGUACAAGAUGUGGAGAUUUGUGGUCUCCCCACCUUUUGAAUAUUUUAUAAUGGCCAUGAUCGCACUCAAUACCAUCGUGCUGAUGAUGAAGUUCUAUAAUGCUCCUGAUCCAUACGACAGAAUGCUACAAUACCUGAACAUAUUAUUCACAUUUCUGUUCUCCAUGGAGUGUGUGCUGAAGCUCAUUGCCUUUGGUAUUCUGAAUUACUUCCGUGAUGCAUGGAAUGUGUUUGACUUUGUAACUGUACUGGGAAGUAUAACUGAUAUUUUAGUCACUGAACUGGCGGAUAACUUUAUCAAUCUCAGCUUUCUGCGGUUGUUCAGAGCAGCACGUCUCAUCAAGCUCCUCCGCCAGGGAUACACCAUCCGCAUUUUGCUCUGGACAUUUGUGCAAUCCUUUAAGGCAUUACCGUACGUUUGUCUCCUGAUGGCAAUGUUGUUUUUCAUCUAUGCCAUUAUUGGAAUGCAGGUAUUUGGCAACAUUGCGCUGGAUGAUGACAGUGCGAUUAAUCGUCACAACAACUUCAGGACCUUUCAACAAGCUGUAAUGCUUUUAUUCAGGAGCGCCACUGGUGAAGGUUGGCAAGAAAUAAUGCUGGCAUGUUUGAGCAAAAGCCCAUGUGAUCCUCGUUCGGGCAUAGACAAAGAUGAAUGUGGAAGUGAUUUUGCCUAUUUCUACUUCGUGUCUUUCAUUUUCCUUUGUUCUUUUCUGAUGUUAAAUCUUUUUGUAGCUGUCAUUAUGGACAAUUUUGAAUAUUUAACCCGCGACUCCUCCAUCUUGGGACCUCACCACUUGGAUGAGUUCAUCCGUGUCUGGGCUGACUAUGAUCCGGGAGCCUGUGGGCGCAUCACUUACAAUGACAUGUAUGAGAUGCUGAGACACAUGUGUCCACCCUUAGGCCUGGGAAAGAAAUGUCCUGCAAGAGUCGCCUACAAGCGGCUUGUAAGGAUGAACAUGCCGAUUGCUGAAGAUGGCUCUGUGCAUUUCACAUCGACCCUGAUGGCAUUGAUUAGAACGGCCCUCGAUAUCAAAAUUGCUGCAGGAGGAGCAUACCAGCAGCAAUGUGACGCGGAGCUGAGGAAGGAAAUAACUGCUGUUUGGCCAAACCUGUCCCAGAGGAUUCUGGAUAUACUGGUGCCUCCCCACAGACCUACAGAGUUGACAGUGGGGAAAGUCUAUGCAGCACUGAUGAUUUUUGAUUACUACAAACAGAACAAAAGUAAAAGAAUGCAGCAACAACAACCUGGUGGCUUGUCACAGACUCGAACAUCGUUCUUUCAGCGUGUGGUGGGAGCCCUGACCCCAACACAGGAGGAGCCCCCCUCAUAUAACGACACAUUGCGACAAAAGAACUCACACAACAAUGGCGGGAACGCCCUGUACCAAGGCAGUGGACGAAAAGAACCUUCCUCCUGGUUGCGAACCCGAGAAGCUUUCACUGAGGGUAAAAUAGAAGUGCCUGAAAGUGGUCAGGCAGAUGAAACCAUGGUCACCCAGAGCAGCCCUCAGGCGGUGGAGUUGAGGGAGAUGGGCUAUGAUCUGAACCAGUCUGAUCAGCCUAGCCUGGAGAGCCACGGUCGUGCAGCCUCCAUGCCGCGACUGACAGCAGAGACACAGAAAAUAUCUCGAUCAUCUGGGAGUGUCCUUGCACCGAUCCCAGACACAAGUCCUAUGAAGCGCUCCGUGUCUACGCUGACCCCACAGCGCUCUCGCGGAAUGCAUCUGCCCGAUUACUCUCUGGAGCGAGUUAUGCCAGUGCGGAUGCCACAUCACCACCACCACCACCACCAGCAUCGCUGCCAUCGCAGGAGAGAGAAGAAGCAGCGAUCGCUUGAAAGAUCUCCCAGCAGGCAUGCUGAUGGAGAAACAGGCCAACUGGAUGACCUCAGUUCUGCAGCUCACGCCAGAGACCAAUCGUCUAAAGAGCGUGAGCGAGGUAGGUCCCAGGAGCGGAAAUCUCCGUCCUCCACUGAGAAGCAGCGUUACUAUUCCUGUGACCGAUACGGCAGUCGGGAGCCCCCGCAGCCCAAGUCAACUGAUCACAGCCGGUCUGCAUCUCCAAGUACUGGUCCAGAGCAGGGGCUCCACAGACAGGACAGUGGUUCGGUUAAUGACAGCCCUCUGCAGCCAGCCUCUGGCACUAGCACCCCGUGUCGUGGGCGCAGACAGCUCCCGCCAACCCCGCUAACUCCGCGCCCCAACGUCACCUACAAAACCGCAAACUCCUCUCCGGCUCACUUCAACAACAUGCAUGGCGCUUUACCCCCGAGCUCUCCAGGGAGACUGAGCCGUGGACGGUCCGAGCAUAACAGCCUACUCCGCAGCGACCCCUACGCCAGUGGUGACAGCAGGCAGCCGAUGGUGACGCGCAUCAGCUCCGAUCCCUACCUGGGGCGUCGCAGCAGCUGCGGCAGCGAAGACCAAGAACUGCUGGAAGAAACUCUGACCUUCGAGGUGGCCGUUGCCACGACCACCGGCAGGUCCCCCAGGACUUCCUGCAUCUCAUCAUUCACAUCUCAACCUCAGCAAAGCCGCCGGGUCCCGAAUGGUUAUCAUUGCAACCUGGGAAUGAGCACAGGUCCGGGCACAGGUGCAGGAGAGCGCAAGUGUUACCGGGAGGCAGAUGAGGAUGACUGGUGCUAG